AGCCUCUAGAUGUCAAAUUGGAUGGCUUAAAGUAUGUUGAGAAGUAGGAAUUUUUUUUUUUUAAACUUUGAGUUAAAUCAGUAACACCUUCAUAAUCACUCAAUUUUAAAUCUGGCAAACAUCAAUGAUUAUUACUUCCUUCUAUUCAAAAUAGAUGGUCUUUUUGUAUACUUUAUCAAAACAUAAAUGAAAAGCUCCGACUCCCCAUUAAAAAAAAUGAAAAAAAAAAAAAAACUAAGCAUAGUUUAUAACCUCUUCUAGAUUUCAGAUAUUCAAAGCUCUCAUUUCCUGAAAAUAAAAAAAAAUAAAAAAAUGAAAAAAAAAAAAAAAGUACCACGUAUCACCCUAUUAAUUAAGGGACUAAACCGUCAUUUACGUCUUAAUCCUGGUUAGUACAAUAUGAUUAGAGCGAGUGGCAUUCAGAAAUUCAUGAGAAACACAAAGGUUAUUUUCAUCGUCUCUCUCCCUAUAAAAGGUUAGAAAAACCCCGCAACAGGGCUCGAACUCUUGCUUGUUCCCCCCAUGGACAUAGACGCCGAGUCUCUCUCUCUUAUCCAAAGGAAACAGUCUCUCUAUGUCUCUCAGGAUGAGAGGUUUCUGCUUGGAUUGCAAAAGUACAAGGGACAACAGUACAGUCACAUAUAUUUUUUCCGCCUUUACAAAAUGAGAGAGCAAUUUCGAUCGCUUAUAAAUCAUCAGCACCCGAAUUUGCCCGUUCACACGGUUUUAGGUCUUGAAGUAGGUAAACAGUGCAUCAUCGUGGGAACUUUAUACAAACAAAUGAAGUUAAAACCUUCUGUUCUUGAUGAGUACUCUAAGGAGAGGUCUGCUGUUCCCCUUGUGAAACCUCAUAAUUUUCUUCACCCAGAUGACCAUCUCAUUUUGGAAGAUGAGAGUGGAAGAGUUAAACUUAUAGGGGAUGUGGUGAAACCAUCUGACUAUGUGACAGGUGUUGUACUGGCAGUUCAUGGGGAAGAAACCAGUGAUGGUGAUUUUCUGGUUCACAAGAUUGUAGAAGCUGGAUUACCACCACAGAUAAAAAUUCCACAAGAAGCAAAAGAAGAUAAGUAUGUGGCUUUUGUGUCUGGAUUGAGUGUUGGGAGCAUUAAGUCUAAUCCUCUUCAGAUUCAAUUGCUGGUGGACCUUUUGACAGGACAUCUAGGUGAUGACAAGGAGCAAAAUGUUGCAUCUCAAAUUACCCGUAUUGUAAUAGCUGGGAAUUCUGUUGAACUUCAACAAGGACUCCUUGCAGGUCAGUCCUUGGCUUCAAAGGAUCAAUCCAAGCUCUCUGAACCGAUUAAAGAGUUUGAUCUUCUGUUAACUCAGCUUGCAGCAGCCAUGCCUGUGGAUAUAAUGCCAGGGCCUCAUGACCCCGCAAACUACUCCUUGCCUCAGCAGCCUUUGCAUAAAUGCCUCUUCCCUGGAGCUUCUGCAUAUAAUACCUUCGUGUCCAGUCCUAAUCCUCAUUCAUUCUACCUUGAUGAUGUCGGGUUUCUAGGAACAUCGGGUCAAAACAUAGAUGAUCUUGCGAAGUAUUCUGAAGCGAAAGAGAAACUUGAUUUCAUGGAGAGAACAUUGAGAUGGAGGCACUUGGCACCAACUGCCCCUGACACUCUCGGGUGUUAUCCCUUCACCGAUCGAGACCCUUUUGUCGUUGAAAGCUGCCCUCAUGUGUACUUUGUUGGGAACCAGAACAAAUAUGGUACUCAAUUGUUGAAAGGAUCUGAGGGACAAUUGGCUAGACUGAUCAGUAUACCUAGAUUUUGUGAGACCGGUGUUGCUGUCAUGCUAAAUUUGAGAAAUCUUGAAUGUCACCCCUUAAGUUUUUCGUGUGAAACAUGAAGCACGAUGCUGACUCCAGCCAGAGCUACUACUUUGGAACAUAGGAGAUCUCAUAAUAUCAGGACUGCCCAUAUCAUAUGCGCUUUGGGCAAUGGUCCUGAUAGUGAAGGUGACAAAGGAAAAAGUGGAGGCAGCCAAAUUCAGGCAAAGCAAGAAACUGAUAGUGAAGCGGGGCCACCUUUGUCGACUAUUUUGGCAGGGGUCUUUGUUUUCCUCUUGUUUCUUUGGAUUGUGGGUUCCAUAGUUAUUUGGAUAUUUAGGCUCUUUAUUAGAUGAUAUUAGUUUUCUAUGUUUCUUUUGAAUUGUAGUGUUAUUUAUGUAUGAGAAACUAGGACUGCAAUGUUCCCCAAUAUGUUUUUCAGUUUCCUUUUGCUUUGCUCUUAUCCACUGAAGGAACCAUUAUUUUGGGUGAGAGCUCAUUGAAAGAACCAUACGAGUUGCCAAAGUUGUGCUUUUAUGUCUCAUAUGUAUUCUUUGGCACUGUUUCGGAAUUGGUUUUUGACUCACCAGGAAUUUGAUUCGGAGUUACUAUCAA